AUGGUCGGAGUUGGGGAAAUAAUGGCGGUUACUGAAGUUGGUUCUCAUGGCAGAGGUUCAGGAUGUUCAAAGUUUUUGCCUUGGGAAAACCCAUAUGCAUCCUUUUCUCCUACCCAACAGGCACAGGGGUAUCAGGCAAGAGGAGAUCAUCAUGGUAAUGUAUGCAUCAUCCCUGUGUCUACACAUGGAACAAAUCCUACAAGUGCUACUAUGUGUGGAAUGAAAAUCAUUAUCGUGGGAACUGACUCCAAAGGUAAUAUCAACAUUGAAGAGGUACGCAAGGCUCCAAAAGCAAACAAAGAGUAUCUAUCUGCUCUUAUGGUUACCUAUCUUUCUACUCAUGGAGUUUAUGAGGAGGGUAUUGAUGAGAUUUGCAAGAUUAUUCAUGACAAUGGAGGUCAAGUUUACAUGGAUGGAGCUAACAUGAAUGCACAGAUACAUAAACAUUACACUUCUUGUGUCGUUUUAAUGGAGCUAACAAUAUAG